AUGGCCGCACCAACAACCGAGACGUCUGUUUGCCCGUCCCAGCCAGAGGAGCCCAUUCAUAGUCCUGCUCAUCUCGACGGUGUGGCUUACCUAUACGGCCAUCCACUGCUCAACUCACUUUCUCCGUCUCUCCAUCAAACAGUUUACAAUGCAUUGGGUCUCAACUGGCAGCAAAUCCCUCUGUCCAGCGUAUAUGGCACCUCUGCCACCUACCCACCCCCUUACACCCGCUCUCCGCCUAUACAAACCUUCCUCGCCUCGAUUAAAGCCAAUCCCAAAUUUGUCGGCUCAUCAGUCACAAUGCCGCACAAAGUCGCCAUAAUGCCUCAUCUGGACGAUCUGACGGAGCACGCCCGCCAAGCCGGCGCUUGUAACACAAUAUUCAUUCGCCAGGACCCCUCAACAGGCGCCCGCUGCUACGUCGGCACCAACACCGACUGUGACGGUAUCCGUGAAGCUUUGCUGCAAAACUCGCCCGAUCCAUCACGCUUUCGCGACCGGCCAGCCUUGAUUAUUGGGGGCGGUGGCACAGCCCGCACGGCAAUCUACGUGAUGCGUCGAUGGCUUGGCUCGAGCCGUAUCUACAUUGUCAACCGAGAUGCUGCCGAGGUGGCCGCGAUCAUGGCGGAGGAUCGGGCGCGAAAUCCAGACCCGACCGCACAGGCACCGCUCAUUCAUGUCACCGAUCCCGAAGAAGCCGCUCGUUUGGAAUCUCCUGCCGCGAUUGUCUCCGGAGUCCCCAACUACCCUCCCAAGACUCCGGAGGAGUUGAGCGCGCGUGCAGUGGUAAAGUCAUUCCUUGGCUCGGCAGCCGAGGCUUCUCAGCAGGAUGGUGUGAUCCUGGAGAUGUGCUAUCACCCAGUCCCGUGGACGGAAAUUGCCCAGAUGGCAUCUACGGCUGGAUGGAAGGUGAUUCUUGGCUCCGAGGCUUUGAUCUGGCAAGGCCUGGAACAAGCGCGUCUUUGGACUGGACAAGAUGUCAUCAGGAUACCGGGGGUGGUGGAUGCUGUGAAGGCCGUCGUGAAUGGAUCUGUGGCGGAACGAGCUGCCCAUAUGAAGAAGGCUUCGAGCGUGUUAUAA